CAGGGAACCGCAUGAACAGAACCUUCUGCCCGUCCUUCUGCAACGCCUCGACGAGCAUCUGGCAUUGCGUCGUCUUGCCCGCUCGGUCGAGCCCCUCGAACACGAUCAACUUGCCCCGCGCCAUUAUUGCGAGCGAGAAUCCGAAAGCGAUGUCUGGAUGUCGAACAUCAGGACCGCUGGAGGAGCGGAUAGGGCUGCUAGCGCGAUGCGCUACCGGUAACUAGCACAUGCAUGCAUGUUCCGCAUCCUACAAGCAUCGCAUCCGCGGAUUCAACAUCGAACAACACAACCAUCCGAACAAUCCCGGAGUAAGCCGACACCGUCCCCCCGAAAAGAGCAAACCAGCAACCGCCCUGCGCCCCAUCAGCCCUGCGCACCUAGCCCCUACCCGUGACGCCAACAUGCCGCGCGACCCUCUCACAGCACAAAAAGGCAGCUACCAAACCACCAUAAUCCCCCUACCGGACACGCUCGCAUACGAAACUUACGUGAAAAACGCAACCGGCAUAAUAGUCUUAGCGUGCCACUGGCCCGAAGACAAAACGAGCCGGAUCCUAAUCACCCAACUGACCAAGCGGCUGCCCGACAUGCAAGCGCUGGGCGUGACGGGCGUGUACAGUCUGGACGUGUACAGUCUGCCGACCAUUGCUGAGGAGCUGGAUAUCACGUUUGUGCCGACGCUUAUGUGGUGAGUCGCUGCGUGUCCAUGGCCGCUACGUGCCUGAGUCUUGAUGUGUCACGUGUGGAUGGGCUGGGCUGAUGCGAGUAGGUUCAAUGAUCGCGUGCAGGAUGCGCUGGUGUGGCAUGACGGGGUAAGGAUUGAG